AUGCCUUCCGAUACAGAGAGCAGCGAUUUCACCGAUGGUGACCGGCUGCUGUCGGCAGCCGCCUCUGCCUUGAACAUGACCGAGUCCAGCGGCGCAGCCGCCAGUGAUCGCUACGCCAGUGCACCGGUUCUGCUUCAGAUCCGCUACAGUCGAGCUACCCAGCCGACGGAGCUACUUGUAGUCGGCACGCCACCGUCGCCCCGGCGACAGCACAUCCGCCCCCAGUUAUUGGCGCAGGGACUCCAGCUUGGGACACAAGGCUCCAGCGACACUGAUGCUCGGGGCGGUACGCCCACAACGGUCGGCGCCGCGCCGCAACACGAACUAACGUCGGAGAUGAGAGUCGCGGGGGAGCACACCCCGUCUGCGAUGACGCGAGAGGUGUCGAUGUGGAGUGAGGGCUGCGCGACUGACUCCUUCGCUUUCCUGAGAAACGCCAGGGCGCCGUCACUCUCCUACACCUGGACAGACAGCUACCUGGACGAAUCCCCGUCGACAACAAAGGCGCGGUGGAUGCAGCAACGAACUUUCGGCCCUGUUGUCCAAUCUGAGGGCGGUGGCAGCAGCACUGUCUCUUCCACACCUCGAGCUCCCUGGGAAACAGAGACGGUGUGGGGUGGCGUCCAGGCCUGCAGCGCGGCCACACGCGCCGGCCCUGCAGAAGCCGUAGGUCAGCCGCAAGACGGGCACGACAGCGGACGACGUCGCAUCACCGGAGGCGACGGUGGUGCGCGGCGUCGCCGCUUUGAUCUGACAGCGGCGGAGAUGGGCGAAAAGGCUCGCAGUCAAGAGAGACAUCACGAUGGCGCGCUUGACCACGUCUUCCUGGACAAGGUUGGAAGGCACGCGAAACCAACGGCAGCCAAGCCGCUCUUUCAUGUGAAUAGAAGUGGUGGCACCUCCAUGUGUACAAGCAACGCCUCAGCAAUGAUUGCCACAGUUCAGCAGCCACGCCGGAUGGGCCAGAUAACACCGAUAGAGAAGCUGCAGAAGCUUCUGAGCGCAGCGGCUGCAGUCAAACCCGCGGAAGGCGUGAUGCUCGGUUCUGAUGACACCACGGCAGGGGUGCCACCGUCACCGUCCACCGAUUCUAAUUGGCGAGAGGUGGGCUUCGCUUCAGCGUCCCUCGGCAUUGUCGCCGCCUCAAGGACUCUCUCGCCACCACGAGCUGUCAACGUUGCAGGCAACCGCAACGCACCCAGGAGUCGCUCGUCGUCCGACAACACGAACCAGCCGGAAAGUGACGGAAUGGGUGCCAGCUCCAGCGAGAUUGAGCCAAGUCGUGGCCAUCUCAGGGCCUCUCGUUGCGGCCCCCCACGUGGCCGCAUUCUCAAGGGCAUCUACGAGGACUGA